AUGCCCAUCUCCAACGGUGACGCCAUGACCAACACGGCCGCCGACGCCUUGGACUACACCAAGGCUCUUGAGAUCCUCAAGAACGAGUACCCUGAGCGCGAUGGCAUCGACAUCAAGACGCUCAUCGACUCCAAGAAGAACGGCGGUCUCACAUACAAUGACUUCCUCAUGCUUCCUGGCUACAUUGGCUUCCCUGCCGCCGAAGUCGCCCUCGACACCCCAAUCACAAAGCGCAUUUCGCUCAAGACGCCCUUUGUCUCCUCGCCCAUGGACACUGUCACCGAGCACAACAUGGCGAUCCACAUUGCCCUUCUUGGAGGUCUCGGUGUGAUCCACCACAACUGCUCUCAGGACGACCAGGCCGAGAUGGUCCGCAAGGUUAAGCGCUUCGAAAACGGCUUCAUCCUGGACCCCGUCGUCAUCUCCCCCAACACCACAGUCGGAGAGGCCAAGGCACUGAAGGAGAGGUGGGGCUUCGGUGGUUUCCCAGUCACUGAGAACGGCACCCUCCGCUCCAAGCUCGUCGGUAUCAUUACCCCCCGAGACAUCCAGUUCCAUGACAAGCUGGACGAUCCGGUCACCGCAGUCAUGUCCACGGACCUCGUAACCGCCCGCCACGGUGUUGAGCUCAAGGAGGCCAACGACAUUCUGAACAAGUCCAAGAAGGGAAAGCUUCCCAUCGUGGAUGAGAGCUUCAACCUGAUUGCGCUCCUGUCUCGCUCCGACUUGAUGAAGAACCUCAACUUCCCGCUUGCGUCCAAGCUCCCACACUCCAAGCAGCUGAUUGCCGCGGCUGCCAUCGGCACCCGACCAGAGGACAAGAUCCGUCUGCAGAAGCUCGUCGAUGCCGGUCUCGACAUCGUCAUCCUCGACAGCAGUCAAGGAAACAGCAUGUACCAGAUCGAGAUGAUCAAGUACAUCAAGGAGAAGUACUCCCAGCUCGACGUGAUUGGCGGAAACGUCGUCACUCGCGAGCAGGCUGCUGGUCUCAUCGCCGCCGGUGUUGACGGCCUCCGUAUCGGCAUGGGUAGCGGAAGUGCUUGCAUUACACAAGAAGUCAUGGCUGUCGGAAGGCCACAGGCCACUUCGGUGUACAAUGUCACCUCUUUCGCAUCGCGCUUCGGCGUGCCUUGCAUCGCAGAUGGCGGUAUUCAGAACGUAGGACACAUCGUCAAGGGUCUUGCCAUGGGUGCAUCAGCCGUCAUGAUGGGAGGUCUCCUCGCCGGUACCACUGAGUCUCCUGGUGAGUACUUUGUUAGCCGCGAUGGUCAGCUCGUCAAGGCCUACCGUGGUAUGGGUAGUAUCGCCGCCAUGGAGGACAAGAAGGCCGGUGCUGGCGCUGCCGACUCCAAGGCCAGCAACGCUGGUACCGCGCGCUACUUCUCUGAGGGUGACCGCGUGCUGGUUGCCCAAGGUGUGUCUGGAUCCGUCCAGGACCGUGGCUCGAUCACCAAGUUCGUGCCCUACCUUAUGGCUGGUGUUCAGCACUCGCUACAGGACAUUGGCAUCAAGAGCCUUACCGAGCUUCACGAGGGUGUUGCGAACGGCACCGUCAGGUUCGAGUUGCGCACUGCUAGUGCACAGGCUGAGGGUAACGUGCACGGUCUGCACAGCUUCGACAAAAAGCUCUACUCAUAG